UUGUGAAGCUCGCUUCCAUGUCCCCGGUGGGCACGGCACCCCGGAACCUCCACACUCAUGGCCGCUAGCCUGAGGAGGCCCUCUUUCUCCGCCUCUUCUUCCUCCUCGGCCGACCCAGACGACGAGGGGGUGCGCGGCACUUGCGAAGAUGCUUCUAUAUGCAAGAGGUGAUUCAACACUUAAGGCCUUGCGGAUCUACUUAAGAAAGCAACAGAGCUCACAAGAAAGGAAACAAACUGAAAGUCUGUUUAGGUUUGCAGUGAGCAUUGGCUACUGGCAUGACCCUUACAUCCAGCAUUUGGUAAGACUGUCUAAGGAGAGGAAGGCCCCUGAAAUUAACAGAGGAUAUUUUGCUCGCGUCCAUGGCGUCAGUCAGCUUAUAAAGGCAUUUCUACGGAAGACAGAAUGUCACUGUCAGAUUCUAAAUCUUGGGGCUGGGAUGGAUACCAUCUUCUGGAGACUAAAGGACGAAGAUCUUCUCCCAAGUAAAUAUUUUGAAGUGGACUUUCCCAUGAUAGUCACGAGAAAGCUGCACAGCAUCAAAUACAAGCCUUUCUUAUUACAACCCAUUAUAGAAUUACAUUCAGAGGACACACUGCAAAUUGAUGGACACCUGUUGGAUUCAAAGAGAUAUGCCAUUAUUGGAGCAGAUCUCCGAGAUUUACCUGAACUCGAAGAGAAGCUAAAGAAAUGUAACAUGAAUCCACAAUUGCCAACACUGCUGAUAACGGAAUGUGUGCUGGUUUACAUGACUCCGGAGCAGUCAGCCAACCUUCUCAAGUGGGCAGCUAACAGUUUUGAGACAGCUAUGUUCAUAAACUACGAACAGGUGAACAUGGACGACCGGUUCGGACAGAUCAUGAUCGAAAACCUGCAGAGGCGACAGUGUGACCUGGCGGGAGUGGAGACCUGCAAGUCGUUAGAGUCACAGAAAGAACGGCUCCUGUCGAAUGGGUGGGAAACAGCAUCAGCCGUCAACAUGAUGGAAGUCUACAGCAGAUUGCCUCAAGCUGAAGUGACCAGAAUAGAGUCACUUGAAUUCCUGGAUGAAAUGGAGCUGCUUGAACAGCUCAUGAAACAUUACUGCCUUUGUUGGGCAAGCAAAGGAGGAAGUGAACUAGGUUUGAAGGAAAUCACUUACUAAUCUAUUGGAAGCCCAGGCCGAGCUGGGAGCUGCUGCCACCAACCUUCCCAGAGUGGACUGGCCACGUUUCCUGGGCGGUGGCCAGCCCUGGGCUCGUCCCACACCCUGACAGACCUCACUUCCCAGGGCUGUCGCACCACCUGCUGUGCCCGUUGGCUUACCGUUUAAAUAAAUCUCUGUUGCCAAUU